AUGGGACUCAGCUGCUUCAAGUCCUGGAAGUAUGAGAGCACUGGCCACAAAGGCAACAGAGACGUGCUGGCCAGUCCGGGCUCCUACUUCUUCCUGUCCAACAGCACAGGCCAAGGCGACGAGUGGCUCAAAAGCCUCAACAAAGGAGUCUGGAUACCGUUCACAGGUGUCUUCGGUCAGCGGUUGGAGGAGACGGUGUUGUACGAGCGACGUUACGGGGUGCGUCUGGUCCCCCUGGUGGUGGAACAAUGCGUGGCCUUCAUCCGGGAGCGUGGGCUGCAAGAGGUCGGCUUGUUUCGCCAGCCGGGUCGCGCCAGUUUGGUGAAGGAGCUCCAGGAGGCGUUUGACUCCGGGGAGAGGCCGACUUUCGACAGUAGCACAGACGUCCACACGGUGGCGUCCCUCCUGAAACUCUACCUCCGACAGCUGCCGGAGCCUCUGGUUCCCUACAGCCGCUACCAAGACUUCCUGCUGUGCGGCCGGAAGAUUUCAAGCGACCGAACGCUGGGUUUGGAUCUCCUGAGGAAUCUUCUCCACGAUCUGCCGGUCGCUAACUUCAACCUGCUCAACUUCAUCUGCCAGUUUCUUCAUGAAGUCCAGAGCUACUCCAGCGGGAACAGAAUGAGCUGCCAGAAUUUAGCCACUGUGUUCGGGCCAAACAUCCUGCGCGCUAAAGGAGAUGACCCGCAAAGCAUCAUGGGAGGUGCUGCGCUUGUCCACGUGCUGAUGCUGGAGCUGAUCAGAGAACACCAGUUGCUCUUCUCCAAAUCCCCCCCCACGGCCUCAGCCUGCCUUGCUGGAGAGCAGUGUUCGUCCCCUGCAGCCCAGCGGCAGCCGCACCUUCACCCGGCGCCCUGCCUGCGCCAACUCUCUCUGCCGCUCAUCACGGAGGGCAGAGAGGGAGAGCGACUCAGCUCAACGUCUGCAGCCAGAUCUGAGUUGCCCUCAGGACAGAAGCGACGCCUGGGUCACCGCUACACGUCCUCCCACCCUGACAACUGCUUCUUCCCCGCACCGACUUGCAGCCCGCAGCACCACUUGGAGAGUCGCCAAGUCGGCGCGCACCAGAACGGUGGUGGCAGCGGUUCAUCCUUGAUGGACCAAAACACCACCCAGGACUCCAGUGCAGAGAACUGGCUCGAGGCCUGGGAGGGUUUAACAGAUUCAGGAGGUCAUUUCUGGAGAUCUUUAGUGCCUGAAGCAGCCAGCGUGGCCAGUAGCGAAGCCCAGGAGGACAGCACGCCGUCGGUGUACGACAACCUGGACAGGGAUCCGAAGCUGGAGGACCAGAGUGGACGGGAUGAAGCCAGUGUUGCUGAGGGCCACAAGGAAGAGCGAGAAAAGGCGUGUCAGACUCCCGACGAAGACUCCUCAUGGUCUUCCUGUGAGGUUCUACCUCAGGAUGAGACCAGAGGGACUGAGGAUGUGGUCAUCACUGAGAAAUCAGAGCCUCGCUCAUCACACCAGCCAUGUGAGGAAAACAGUGGAGAUGAGGAGGAGGAAGAUGAAGAACAUGAGGGAGGCCAACACUUGAACUCUCCAGGCUCUUGCUUCAGUCUUCUAAGUACCGGCAGCUCAGAGGUCUUCCUCCCAUCUGGUCAACCAGAGCCUGAAGGGUCUGAGCCCGGAGAUGCUCACGCUCUCCUGGCUGAGCUGCAGCAGCAGAUGGACCGGCAGCGGGCGGAGUACCAGGCCCGGAUACACCGGUUGGAGCGCUGCAAUGACGUCCUGGAAAGGCAGGUGGCGAUGCUGCGUGUGCGCCUGGAGCAGCAGAAGCGAAGCCAGAGCGUCGCUCAGAUCCAGAUCCGCAACAUGGAGCAAGCCAAAGCCGACGCCGACCGCCGGAACUCUACGCUGCAGAGAGAGAUGGAGCUGUUUUUCCAGAUGUACGGAGAGAUCAGGCGGAGAGAGGAGCGAGGCGGCAGCAGAGAGCGGAUCUUACAAAGUCUCUGAGGAACACAGACCACACUUCACUUGCACAACAUCGGAUGACCAGCUGUGACCUCCUUAACCUGGAGCCAAAAACUCUAUUUACACCAAGGAGAUGCAGCAUCAGUUACUGUAACCAGUGCACGACGAUAGAGGGCAUCAACUGAACUGUGACCAUGUUGUCUUCUCAGAGCUGAAGUUCAUGUUACCAAAGAAAAAGCUCAAUCCAAUGACACAACAGACUCGAGGACCUGUUGAGUCAAGACUUGUUCCAGGACCUACAUUAUGUUUGUUACGACUGAACCUGGAACCUCAGCUACUGUGACCUUUAAUAAUCCAUGGUGUAAAUGUUGAGAUGAAAUGAGGAACAUUCUAAGUCACAAACUGAAGAACAAAAACUCGACUGAAUCCGGAUAGAAC